CUUUGGACUAGAGCCGCGGACGUAACACUUUCGAUAUCACAGCGCUGCAUGUGGCAGAAAUCCGAACUCUCGAUAUAGCGAGCGAUGAUUCACGGUAAAGAACGCGCGAAUAGUGGCCUUCUUUUUCCGGUGACAAGUCCGACACGAAGCACCGAAAAUGCUGAUGCCCAAGAAAAAUCGUGUCGCCAUUUACGAGUACCUCUUCAAGGAGGGAGUAAUGGUGGCUAAAAAGGAUUAUCACGCACCCAAGCAUCCCGAACUUGAGACCAUACCCAAUUUGCAGGUUAUCAAAGCUAUGCAGUCCUUGAAGUCACGAGGUUUCGUCAACGAGCAGUUUGCUUGGAGACACUUCUACUGGUACCUGACGAACGAGGGCAUCGAAUACCUGCGAGCUUAUCUCCAUCUCCCUCCAGAAAUUGUUCCUGCGACAUUGAAGAGGCAAGUCAGACCUGAAACCGCAAGGCCUAGGCCUGCUGCUGGCCCUAGGAGCGAAGGUUCGCGUCCAGCCGAAGACCGCGCCGGUUAUCGCCGAGGUCCUGGCGGACCGCCAGCACCUGGUGAUAAAAAGGCGGAUGUCGGCGCUGGCACUGGUGAUCUCGAAUUCCGGGGAGGAUUUGGGCGCGGAAAAGCUCCACAAUAAAUAAGCUUCGUUUAUUACAUAAAAUGCUACAAAAUCUGUAUAACCGUGAAUAAAGUAUUACUCGGUGCAUA